GUUGUCAUCCUGGGUCUGAUCCUCUUUCUCAACCCGGGGCUGUUUAAUGCCGUCACAUCUGUGGGCGGCGCGGGGCUGAGAGACGCAAAGCUAGCGAGCGACUCGCUCACGGCCCUAUACGCGUGCUUCGCGGUCUCUGGGCUUCUGGGCGGAUCGGUGGCCAAUUACUUGGGGUUGCGAGCAACGCUCUGCAUUGGCUCCACGGGUUACAGUCUCUACAUUGCUGCUCUUCUGACAUCCCACAUCGUCGGCCCCAAAGUCGAUGCCUUUGUCAUCACUGCCGGCUGCAUCCUUGGUAUCACGGCCGGCCUCUUGUGGACAGCCUACGGUACAUUGAUCCUCUCGCUUCCCACGGAGUCACAAAAGGGCGUUUGGCUUUCGAUUCCGUGGGCCCUCUUUAAUCUCGGCGACGUCAUCGGUGCUGCCUUACUCCUGGGCGAAACCUCUGACAGGUCCCAAGGCAGCGUCAGCACGGCAGGCUACUCCGUCGUCUUGGGUCUCACUUUCCUUGCCAUUUUCCUCCCGUGGACCAUGAUGCCGCCUCGCAAGAUCACUCGGUCUGACGGUACCCGCGUCAUCACCCCGAGGCAUCCGACUUUCGUCUCGGAGCUCAAAGGCCUGGUCCACUGCUUCUGGUCGGAUCCCAUAUUCUUGCUCAUGGUCCCUUUUUUCUUCAUCAGUAACUCGUUUUAUGCCUACCACUUCAACUGCUUCAAUCUUGGCUUAUUCUCCAUCCGAUCACGAGCCCUCAACUCGCUACUCUAUUGGAUCGCCCAGGCAAUGACGGCGCCCUUGCUCGGCUUGAUUCUGGAUUCCCCUCGCUUCUCACGAAGAACACGGGCCAAGAUUGGCUUCUGCAUCGUCCUAGCGCUCGUCAUGGCCGUCUGGGGUCCCACAUACCACAUCCAACACUCAUUCAGUCGAGAAAAUCCAAAACGCCUUGAUUACGAAGAGCUACAGAUGGGCAAGGCGUACUAUGCCGGCGUUUCGAUUCUCUACUUUUUCUGCGGUGUAUGCGAUUCCAGUUGGCAGUUGUACGCCUAUUGGGUCAUGGGCGCCUUGUCCAACAAUCCUCGCCGAUUGGCCUACUACAACUCUCUCUACAAAGGCCUUCAGAGCGCGGGCAACGCAGUCUUUUGGCGGCUGGACUCAUACGGCGUCCCAUUCAUGACGAUGCUGGUUGCCACUUGGGCCUCGCUGGGUGCGUCGCUCGUCUUGGCAGCGCCUAUGAUCAUCUUUCGUAUACGCGACUUCACAACGACGGACGUUCGUAUCGUCGAGACAGAAGAGCAGCUUGACGAGACGACGUACACGACGAUUGGAACGAUGGAGAAUGCACAUCCGAGCGGCGAGACUAUCAGCUUAGAGGAUCAUCACUUGCGGCAAAGAGGAGCCAGCCGUUUUGCUGCGGACGACGAUGAUGACAAGGCUCUCUCCAAGCUCGAGACAAUUGAAGAGACGCCUUCUGUGCUCGCGCGCCAGGCCUCUGCAGCACACCCCAGCUCCAGCUUUUACGAAGACAAGGUAAUAAAGGAGGAAGAAGAGGAAGAGGAAAAUGUCUACCCAGACGGAAAUACCCGAUCCCAUUGUUAG